AUGAAUUCCUUUCAUAUUUUCGUCAUUGUUUUUGCCUUACUUUAUACAUGGAAUUAUGUAAAAGGUGAUGAUGAAUUUAAAAGAGAAAAAACACAUUUCAAGAAAGAUCCACGUGAUUACACGGAUAGAGAUGCAGACAGCCUUUAUGCAGAAUGGGAGGACAAUGAUGAUGAUGUCUUACCUGAAGAUGAACGAGAAGACUAUUUUCUUCGUGGUAAAAAUCGACCAGGUAUUCGACCAGAAGACUUAGUUGGUAAAGAACCUGAAGAUAUUAUGAAGCUAUCAAAAAAAGGACAAACAUUGAUGAUGUUUGCUACUGUUUCGGGUUCACCAACACGACGAGAAACUGAAGAAAUUACUCAAAUAUGGUGGUCAGGUUUAAAAAAUGCUUUAUACGAUGUCAAUCGAUUUGUUAUUGAUGAUAAUCGUAUUUUACUUCUUUUAAAAGAUGGUUCACAAGCAUUUGAAAUAAAAGAUUUUCUCGUAAAACAGGAUCGUUGUAAAGAAGUUACAAUUGAUAAUCGACCUUAUUAUGGGAAAGGUGCCCAAGAAUCAGAUAAACCACCGAAGAAAGAUCUGUGA